GAAGGAAAGCUUAUCGGUUCUUUAGAAGUCUACGAUUUCAAAGGGUUGUACCUCUUUGCUGGUCCACAUGCCGUCCUUCAAUGUUACGAGGAAAUGAGCACAGAACCAUUACAACUGGGCUAUCUUAAUGAUGAUGGACCCUACGAGAAGUUUCUUACAGGACCAUUGAAAGAACUAUACACAGAACGUCAGGUGACCAAUGAACCGUACGGAAAAGAUUUAGAGAAGCUCAUCUUGGAUCGCGUAAAUGGAGAGAAUGAUAAGUGUCGACAAUGCACAUCUGAUUAUCAAUGGCUUCCGGGCAUAAAACAAGGCGUCAAUUUGUAUAACGAAACCAAUUGGGACUAUCUGAGAGGAUAUAUUAUUGCUGACUUGCAGUUUCACGUUCCCGGGAAAGUGCUGCAAAACCAGUCGGACAAACAACUCAAUCAGACUUUACGCAACAUAGAUUAUGCUAUCUUGAUGGAUGAAAUGUUCGACAGCAAGAAGGAUCCAUACUUAAACUUGUCUAAGCAAGACUGGGUUUGCUAUGAUUGUCUUACCGAGCUAUUCAGAGAUACUGUACUUCGUUGGUGGCUCAACCGUAAACGUAGAGAUGGGGUGACUAUCAAGGAAGAUUGCCAAUAUGGAUACGACUGCAGUCAGCAAACAUAUAGCAGAGGCUUAGAGCACGCGAUGAGAUUCAACCAUCUUUGUGAACCUACCCAGAGAGAACAGGGAUCGCAAGGAGCGUACUGAUGAGCCAUUCUGUCAACCGCCCAUAAUAAGCUGCGUUUACGAGGUAUAACAAUAUGACUGCACUAUACCAUGUCCUUGCUCGAUGAUAUUACUGUAACAUGCAUGAUUCCCAUUGGCUCAUGUUAUUAUAAAUUCAAAAUUAUAUCGAACAAUGAA